GUGUUAACCCCAGAGAUGAGCUCAACAAAACAUAUAGUUUAAAUGUGACUCACAGUUCCUUCUACACAAAGGCCUCAGACAAAAAGUUCUAUAUUGGGUUGAAAUCCUCAUACUGGUUCUGAGAUCCAGUGGUUGACCACAUCAUCCCAUUCACGCACAGGAAGCCUUGGUCUUCAUACAGCUACAUGUACCGCAUAUAAAAGUGCGUGGUCGUGUUGUGGUGACAAAUCCAAUGUGCAGCCUUCCGUUGUAGCUUUGGAUGUCAGCGAGUCACUAAUCUCUGAGUGGAGGGAGAUUCUUACAAACUAAUCUGUAGCUUCUGUCUGCCCACUUGUCUUCAUGAAAUCUUUAAUCCUCCCGUGAAUGGACACGGGGCGUAAACACAAGGCUACCCUUGGUCAUGAGAGCUGGAGACGUGUUCUUGACCUGUCACUGCUGUGCUCAGCUCAUUCUGAUCCUUCCACCAACCAAUUCACUUACUCUAGAGGCUCUGCUUGUUUGUUGCCGGGGGAUACGCUUGUUGGUUAGCACAAUGUCUGAGCACAUGCAGCUUGCUGUGGCUUUGUGCAGGAUUGGGCUUUACACGUGUUUCCGGGCACUGUGCUGUAAAGGACCUCCACCACCAAGACCUGAGUAUGACGUGGUGUGCAUUGGGCUGACAGGAGCUGGAAAGACCAGCCUGCUCUCGCGCCUCUGCAGUGAGAGCAGUGACAAUGUCGGUCCGACGACAGGUUUCAGCAUCAAAGCAGUGCCAUUUCCAAAUGCCAUCUUGAAUGUAAAAGAACUUGGAGGAGCCGACAACAUCAAGAAAUAUUGGAGCCGUUACUACCAGGGGUCACAAGGUGUAAUCUUCGUGUUGGACAGUGCGUCAUCAGAUGAAGACCUUGAGGCUGCACGGAACGAGCUUCACUCUGCCCUCCAGCACCCACAGCUCUGUACACUGCCGUUCCUCAUUCUCGCAAACCACCAGGACAAGCCUGCUGCUAGGACGCCCAGCCAGCAUUUAGCAGAUUUCCAGCCAUAAAGGGGAACAAAGAAUUGGGAUUGAGAAGGAAAGAUAUGACCUGAAGCCACAAAAGUCUGCAGCUGGACCCUAGUCAUGGUGUUGGAUAUGACGCGCACCAUAAUCAAUGGAACUAUUUCAAACCAAACUAUUUCACUCCCUUUAGUGAAUUAUUUCAAUUACUGCUAUCAAAGUUGUUUUUUGCGUUGUUUACGACUUGACAACAAAGGCAGGAACCUGAUGUUAGUUUAACCUAUGGCUGAUCACAAAUAUUUUAUUCAGUAAAAUCCAUUAAACGAUUACAUUACAGGGCAUGUCAUGUAAAAAAGAAAAAAGAAAUCAGAAAAAUAUUUUUGACUGGCUGGUGUUUUGGAAGAUUGAAAAAGGAAAAAUGCAUAUUGGAUUCAUCUGAUCCUGAAAGAAAAUCUGUUUUUUUUUUUUCCCCUAACGUCUCAAAGAUCAUUCAGCAGAUUAAAUCAAAUUAAACCUUGAACCUAUUGUGAUUAAACAGACUUUUUAUUUAAAUAAAGAUACAAACCUGUGGCAUUACAACUGUUAUUGUCUUCAAAUAGGUUGAGGGCCCUUUAUUUACUGACCAGUGUGCUGUUUCAUUUGACACCUCUGUCUCUCGCUCACUGUUUGUGGUGCAGUGUUUGUUUUUUCACGGGCUUCCCAAAUGUUCCUCUCUUGGGGACCUCCAGGUUCUAAUGCCUUUAAAGCUCCUUAACUAAGCUGGAAAAGCAAACAGAGUCAUAUCUAUUAUAUGGUAAGUAGAUCUCCCAUUACCAAGCCAUUCCGACACAGUUGCCGGCGCAGGUCACUUUUGAAGUGACUGAUACCUUCAUAGGGGCCAACGUGUCAGGAAAGUGUAAUGGAUUGUCUUGGAUAUUUGAGUAUGCCACUUUCUCUAGUUCAGAGAUCCCUUUAAUGCGUCCCUUUUCAGGUAUGUAGCAAAACCAUGUGGUCGGGGUUUCACACAUGACAGUUGGUCUGUUUACAUGACCUCUGAGGAAAGUUGAAGAAACUUUUUUUUUUUUUUUUUUUUUUUUUAAACAUUGAAUUGAGUUCUCAUAGUCAGACUAACACAUCUUUAUAAUGUAAGGUCACGCCUACACUUCUUACACACGCUGCCUUUGGACCCCAAAGGGUGUAAAGUUGUUGGCACAGUCUAGUAGUGUCUUUUGGAAGUAAUGUAAGGGAAUAGUUGUGGACUAUGCUUGACCUGGUCAGCCAGGACAAAGCGCUUAUUUACGUACAAUAACGCUUGCCCACUACCAGCAGGCUCUGGGUUUGAUGUCACCAAAUCCCAGGUUGGUUUGCGUCAAGGGAAACAUUUGCUGUGGUCAUUUCAUCCUUAGAGCUUUAAAAGUAUAUAACUAUUCUGUUGUUGUAGUUGUGAUUCUCAAAGACAUUUCACCACCAAAUUUCACAUUUCACCACGAAAAGGCCUCUUUGAUUGAACCUGACGGAUAAAACUAGUUAGCCUCAGUGGUUGGAAUACCAGAUUUUGUUUUUGUUUACCAAUUCUUUUCACAAUCUUUACA